GCUUCAAUGCGGAUCCCGAUUCCCCCAGUUCUACCCCGUCAAAUCAAUCACCAUCCUCUUAUCACGCUGGCUUUCGCCUUCACCGAUCAUCAUGAGAUCAUGAAAAGACUGUUCAACCCGUGACCCACCAUGACGUAUACCACUACUCCAAUCAAACUGGGUCAAUGGCUUUCUCGUCCAGUCGCGACCGCGGAGAUGGCUGGCCAGCGUCCAUCCCCCCCGUACCUGGGGACUUUUCGAGAAGGAGCGAGACCGCUACAUUCGGUGCCCCCAGCAUCCUUCAGGAUGGCUAAAGCUUAGGGGAAAUUAUCCCAUCUAGGCAAAGGAGGGUGGGUCCGGGGGCAUUUCAAGAAUUUGGUCCAAACCGGCGGUGACGUUAACCAGCUGGACUUGUCAAGUUGGCCACUUAGACAAUAAAAAAAAGUCUCUCCCUCCUUUCAACUCUUUUUGUUCUUUCUUGUGGUUUCAUUCCUGUCAAUUUCUCUCUACAUCGACCCACAAUGGCUCCUUUCAAGCUCAACAGCAAGAAUUUGGCGCAGAUUGCGGCCGCCGGUAAGGCUCAGAUCAAGAUCCCGUCCUACCGGCGUGGUUCCGCCGUCAAGGAGGGUAUCGUCCACAUCGGCGUGGGUGGCUUCCAUCGAGCGCACCUGGCUGUGUACGUCGACCAAUUGAUGCAGAACCAUGGCGUGAACGACUACGCGAUUUGCGGCGUCGGGUUGCAGCCGUUCGACGCGACCAUGCGCGACGCCUUGGGCUCCCAGGACCACCUCUACACGGUCAUCGAGCGCUCGGCCAAGGGCAGCUUCGCCAACGUCGUCGGCAGCAUCAAUUCCUUCCUCUUCGCUCCUGACGACCGCGAGGCGGUUAUCGAGAAGAUGGCGCACCCGGAUACCCACAUCGUCUCGCUCACCAUCACCGAGAGCGGCUACUACUACAACGAGAACACGCACCAGCUCCAGGCCGAGCACCCGGAUAUCCAGUACGAUCUGGACCCGGCGAACGAGAAGGCUCCGCGCACCACCUUCGGCUUCCUCUACGCCGCGCUGGCCCGCCGCCAGCAGGCCGGCCUCCGCCCCUUCACCGUCAUGUCCUGUGACAACAUGCAGAAGAACGGCGCCAUCACGCGCAACAUGCUCCAGUCGUUCGCGCGUCUGCGCAACCCGGAGCUGGCCCAGUGGAUCGCCGAGAAGGCGCACUUCCCCAACGCCAUGGUCGACCGCAUUACCCCCCAGACCACCCCCGCCGACAAGGAGGCCCUCGCCGCCGAGUUCGGCAUCGAGGACGCCUGGCCCGUCGUCACCGAGCCCUUUAUGCAGUGGGUCAUCGAGGACCACUUCUCCGACGGCCGCCCGCCCUUCGAGAAGGCCGGCGCCCAGCUCGUCAAGAACGUCCACGCUGUCGAGGAAUUCGAGAAGCACAAGCUCCGCCUCCUCAACGGCAGCCACUCCGCCAUCGGCUACCCGGGCCAGCUCGCCGGCUUCCGCUACGUCCACGAAGUCAUGCAGCACCCGCUCUUCAGCAAGUUCGUCUGGCAGAUGAUGCAGGAGGAGGUCAAGCCCCUGCUCCCGCACAUCCCCGGCGUCGACAUCGACCAGUACUGCCGCACCCUCGUCGAGCGCUUCUCCAACCCAACCAUCAUGGACCAGCUCCCCCGUGUCUGCCUCAACGCCUCCGGCAAGAUCCCCCAGUUCAUCAUGCCCUCCAUUGCCGAAGCCAUCUGGGGGAGCGGCCCCUUCCGCCGUCUAUGCUUCGUCGCCGCCGCCUGGUUCCGCUACCUCAACGGCGUCGACGACAGCGGCAAACCCUUUGACGUCAUCGACCCCAUGCGCGACGAGCUCCAGGCCAAGGCCUGCGCCGGCGGCACGAACCCCUGGGAACUGCUCACCACCCGCAACCUCUUCGGCGAUGACUUGCGGACUGACGAGCGCUUCCUCAAGGAGGUGACGACCGCGAUGGAGGACAUCGCCCGCGACGGCAUCCUCAAGACGCUGCCGAAAUAUGUAGAUUAAUUGGGAGGAUAGGGGUGUUGUUGUAAUUUUUUCUGGGAUAUAUUUUGGGCCGGGUGAUAUAUCAUCGUUUUUGCUAGCGUUUGAUGGGUUUCUUGAUGGGUUCAACUUUUUUCUCUUUUUUUUGUGUGGCUCUUCUUUGUCAAUUGCGGUGUGGGAUGGAUGUGGUCUCGAAAAGCACGGAUAGAUGACGAUAGACAAAAUUUAUUUCACUUUUUGUUGUGAAUUAU